GGAUAGAAACCAUAGUUGCGCUCUUGCGCAGAAGUAUAAAAACCAAUUGUUUUAUUUUUGACGCAGAUGACUUUAAGGCUUAUCUUAAGCAGCUUUCAUCUGAUUGUUUUGUAUUUUUCUUUUGGUAUAAAAUUUGCCCUGUGAGUGAUUACGAUAAGCCGCACUUUGUUAUGCUACUAUUACCAUUAUACUACGAAAAAAUAAGACAAAAGUUACUUAAUUUUUUUGAUCAUCUUGUAACAGUAAACUUUUAAUCUUAUAGUUGUGACGCGUUUUUUUUAUAUUGAAGAUAUACAAUCGCCGGUCUGCCAAUAAUUGUAAAAGUUUAUAAAUUAGUUGCGUUCAGUUGCUUUUUUUGUGAAAAAUGAAUGUGUAUCAAACGCUUCUAGAAGCUCUUCCGGAAAAACAUCGAGACAUUUCUGUUUAUGCUAUUUUCACCUUUGGUUUGCUGAUUCUGGAGUAUGCAAUUGAGACCAUCGGCUUCAAAUUCGCCCGCCGUUUUCUUCCUAAAAAGGAGGUGAAAGAAAACGCAGUCGCGAGCGAGAAAAAAGCACGAAAGGUCGGUGAGAGUCUGUGGCGACUCUGCUUCUAUUCUUUCGCUUUGACUUACGGGUACUUUGUGGUCUCCAAACAAGAUUUCUAUUCUGAUGCUUCCAAAAUGUGGGGGAGAGUUAGAACUGAUUCUUCCGGGAAAGAUUUUUGGGACAUGCCCCCAAUUGGAAUCGAACUGCAUUUCUAUUACUUCAUAGAGUUGGCGUUCUACUCGGGCACUACGCUUCAAUACGUGACCAGAGCUAGUUCGGCGACUGAUUAUAAAGAUUACUGGGUCAUGCUAAUUCAUCACUCUUCUACUAUUGCUUUGAUAUCUUCUAGUUAUUACAUCCAGGUCUACAAAGUAGGCGCGAUGGUGAUGCUGCUCCACGACUGGUGCGACCCCUUCUUGGAAAUUGCCAAACUGCUCAAAUACUUCAAAUUCAUGGACGUCAGUCUUGUCAUGUUCGCCACUUUCGGAGUCGUGUACCACGUGACCCGAAUCUUCAUGUACCCCUCAUUCGUGCUUCGGAGUUCUCUGACAGACACCCUACCUCUGUUGCAUCUGGAUCCGAUCUACACUCCGUACUACUACUUUGCCAAUUUCCUUCUAAUGGUUAUUUUAGUUUUGAAUGGAAUUUGGGCCGCGUUCAUCUUAAAAGGCUUCGCUAAAGUCGUCUUUCAGGGAGGCGAAGCGCACGACGCGAGAAGCGACGACGAGUCCGAAUGAGAAGCGAGACAGAAGCUCGGAAAAAACAUGAGUUUGAAGUCAACUUACCAUGCAAAGUUGUAACGAUGCUUUAAAAAUGUCUAGAGAUAUCAAUUUGCAUAUCAUUUAGAAUACCUCCUAGCUAAGCUUACCAAAUGCC